GUUCCCGGCGGCGGGACCUGAGGGAGACACGCAUGCGCAUAGGAAGGUCCACCUUCACCCCGGAACUGUUGUUUCGGGCUUGGCGGAGCAUCGGGCCCCCCGGAGUGUGCUCAGCCGGAAGUGGCCGCCGAGGGCCUGGGGCCGGGAUCGGCCUGUAGAGCCUACCGCGGCGGCUAACUAGUAGAGAUUCAGGAUGGAGGCCGUGGCCACCGCGGCGGCGGCCAGGGAACCCGAUGAAGGCUGCACACAGCCCGGUACUGGGCACUGGGGGGAGCUGAGCUGGACACCGGUCCCACCCAGACCCCAGGACAAGGUGGAGGCUGCAGAAGGAGCGCCAAGGGCCCCAGAUGAUGACACCCCCGGGGCUGAGAACGCGGCGGUGAGUGCCAUGCUGCGCGCCGUGGCCGCCAGCCGCCUGCCUGUGUGCAGCCAGCAGCAGGGCGAGCCUGACCUCACCGAGCGGGAGAAGGUGGCCAUCCUGGGCCAGCUGUACCAUGAGAAGCCGCUGGUGUUCCUGGAGCGCUUCCGCACGGGCCUCCGCGAGGAGCACCUGGCCUGCUUUGGCCACUUGCGCGGCGACCAUCGUGCAGACUUCUACUGUGCCGAGGUGGCCCGGCAGGGCAGUGCCCGACCCCGCACCCUGCGCACCCGCCUACGUAACCGGCGCUACGCUGCCCUGCGUGAGCUCAUCCAAGGCGGCGAGUACUUCAGCGACGAGCAGAUGCGGUUCCGGGCCCCGCUGCUGUACGAGCAGUACAUCGGGCAGUACCUAACCCAGGAGGAGCUCAGUGCCCGCGCCCCGGCCCAGGAGCCGCCCAAGCCCGGCGCCCUCGGCACCCCCGCCUGCCCGCUCUCUGACCUGCUGCUCCAGUCCUACCAGGAGCGGGAGCUGCAGCAGCGGCUGCUCCAGCAGCAGCAGGAGGAGGAGGCCUGCCUGGAGGAGGAGGAAGAGGAGGAGAACAGCGAUGAGGAAGACCAGAGCCCCAGCAAAGACUCGGAGGCCUGGGUCCCCGAUUCAGAAGAGAGGCUGAUCCUGCGGGAAGAGUUCACCAGCCGGAUGCACCAGCGCUUCCUGGACGGCAAGGAUGGGGACUUUGACUACAGCACCGUGGAUGACAACCCCGACUUUGACAACCUGGACAUCGUGUCGCGGGAUGAGGAGGAGAGGUACUUCGACGAGGAGGAGCCCGAGGACGCGCCCAGCCCAGAGCUGGAUGGGGACUGAGGGCCGCCGCCGCCCGCCCUGCCCGCGACGCCGUCUGGGGGACGGCCGCGCUGGCUCUGGUGCCAUCCCAGCCGACUCCCUGCCCGCUCUGUGUGCGGGGUUCCCUGCCUGCCCCCCCCCCCCCCCCCCCCCCCCCCUGAAUCUCAGGGUCUCUCUGGCUCACUUGCUUUUCCUCCCUGCCUUUGAGUCUCUUGCUUUCUGCCAUCCCCCUCCCUCUUUGAGCACCUCACUGGCUUUCCUCUCUGCCUUUCUUUCUGUCCCCUUCCCUGCACCCGGGCCUCUGUCCCCACGACAGGGCCCAGGCUGAAGGUCGUCCCCUUGACCGAGGCCCUUCGUAGCUGGAGCCGGCCGGGACAAUGUCCGUGCCCCGUGUAGGGUCCGGGUGAACCCCGGGCUUCGCCCCCGGCCUCUGCCUGUUUCCCGCCUCUGUGCAGGUGCGGCGCGCGCCUCCCUGCCUCUGUUUCGUUCCAUCUCCCUCAGCCUCGCUCUGGGCCUCUGGCUCUUCCCGCUGUACGCUCCCAUCUCGCGGCCCCCAUGCUACCUCUGGCCCUCCGUCUGCUUCUCAGCCUUUCUCUCUCUCUCUCUCUCUCUCUCUCUCUCUCGUUCUCUCUCGUUUCAGUGUCGUUCCCCCACCCCCACCCCCCGGCCCGGCUGCUGUGGGUAGCAGAGCCCUGACUGCUGAGGAAGGCGGCCUCGCUGGGCGGGCUACCAGCUGUCACCUCUCCCUCAGGACCCAGACUUGGGAGGGGGGUGCAGGGGCAGCACCGGGGCCAUGGGCCUGCCAGCUUGGGUGUGGCGGGAGGGGGCACAGGGAGGGGGACUCUCCCCUCUCAGCCCCACUGCCCCUCUCUUUCCCCGGCCGCAGUGUUCCCUUCCUUCACUUCCUCCGCCUCCUUCUCCCUCUCCUGUUUACACUCCCCAAAUACGCACAGGCUGUUAUCAUGGGUCCUGAGUCAUCCCACACACAGCCUGCCCCAGCGUCCCUGCCCCCAGCUGGCCACAGGGCCCGCCCCACAGAGCCCCCUUCCGCCCCCGGCUAAUGCGAGCCAGAUGGCCUCCCGGUGACUCAGCCACUGGCCUGUGGGAACCCAGGCGUCCCGCCUUCCCAUGCCCCCACACUCAGCUGCUUGCAGGGAGGGCCAUGGGCCACGGGGCAGAGAGGUGGGGCCUGGGGACCCCUCGCUCCUGGGAGCCAGAAUGAUGGCACCCUGCCAUAGCCAAGCCUGCAGGACCCUCAGAACCACCUCCUCAGGCACACGGCCCAGAGUAAGGGGGAGACCCUGAGGCCUCCCGGGGCCACAGCUCUUGACCCCUGGGUCAAGCAGGACUAGAGCCAGACACAGAAAGUGAGAGCUGGCCGAAAGGCCAAGGGACAUUCACACGGAGAGACGGUUAAGUAUGGAAGCUCCCGGUUAGCAGUUCUAUCCCUCUGCCGGGCCUGGCGCCACACUGAAUCCUCCUGACAACCCUGUGAACUAGGGACUCGCCUCCAUUCCAUAGGUGAGUCAGGGGAGGCCAGAAGGGAGGUGUUAGUUGGUCGACGCCGCAUGGCCAGUGAAGAUGAAAAACCAAGUCUAGACCUCACAGGUCCUGGAGACCAUCCUCCUAGGCUGCGUGUCAGCUUUCAGGUCAGGGCCACCUGGAGCGGUCGGAUGUAUGGACUUGCUCGAGAAGACCAAGAAAGAGAUGGCUUUGGAGGGUGAUAGCUAAGCUUGGGGGGGGAGGUGUCCCAUGCGCUCAGCACCGCCCUGCACAGGGGCGUGGAAGUCGGCACCUGGACAGGAAGCAUCGCGGCCCCCCCUGCGCCGCCCGGACGGUCCGCACUGCUGCCCCGGCUCCUGCGGAAGCCCAGGAUGGGCCGGCAGGGCCCGGAGAGCCCGAGGCUGACGGGUGUUUGCCCCUCGGGGACGUGUGCGCGCCCGCCCGCCCGCCCGCAGGCCCAGCGAGCUUUUCUAGCACGGGGAGCAGCCCUGCGUGAUGUGCGCGGUUUUGGCCAGUCUGUCAUUGGAUCGUUGAUGUUGUUUGUGAUAUACUUUGCCGGACGCAGACUCGUUACAUAAUAAAGUGAUGAGAGACAACA